AUGCAUUCUCGCCAGAUUCUACAGCUGCCACUGCGCGCACCUACCACCAGCACAUCUACCCUAGCACGGUUUUCCGUCCGAAAUGCCAGCACCGCCGCACAUGCGAAUGCCUCGGCCCAACCCAUGCGAUGGACGCGCCGCCUGAUUUACGCUGGAAUUUUCGGGUCCCUUGGCAUAGGCGCUGGGAAAUGGAUGGAUAGCAAAUUCGCGGCACCGCCGGUUCCAGGGUCCAUCGAGGACCAAACAGAGCUGCUGCACAUCCAACGCGCCUAUGAGGUCGGUCUCCCGAUUGUGCAGCAGUUGCGCCACGAUGCAGACUACACGGAAAAGGAUGUCUACGAAAACUUUUCGGAUAAUCAUAAGACACAACGGCUAACCUCCGGCCCCCUGAGUGGGAGCAGAGGCUUGGGUCUCCAAAAAGUCUUCUGGAACGACAAGGAGAAGAAGCUCGUUAGCGUCGUCUUCUUUGGGGCUGGCAUCGAAGGAUGGCCAACCAUGGUGCAUGGAGGUGCUCUUGGCACGGUAAUCGAUGAGAACCUCGGACGCGCCGCUAUUCGACACUUCCCGGCCCGUACAGGGGUCACUGCAAACCUCAAUAUUAACUAUCGCGCCCCUGUCUACUCGGGUAACUUUUACUCCCUGCACACGGCUCUGGACCAAGAGCAAAGCACAGACCAGAAGGCGUUUGCUACGUGUGAGGUGCGCGAUAUGACGGGGCACAUUUGUGUCGAAGCGAGCGGUCUAUUUGUGGUCCCAAAGAAGCUCAAGCUCAAAGAAGUCGGGGAGCAUUUCUGA